ACAGUCUUUUCUUGAAGGGCUUUUAAGGUAAGGCUUGAAGGAUAUUUUGGUCUUUUAGUUAAAUCUAUUCUGUCAUUAGGUGUGCCAAUAGCAGCAGCACCCUCCUGGGAAGGCUGCAAAACGCGCCUUUUCCUUUUCUCCUGGCCCCAAGAACUCAGCAGUCGCAUUGCAGCCAUUGUUUAUAUAUCUUCUUCAGCACUAGGUUUAAAGCGGCUACACGUUUGUGCUUCCUUUUUAGAAAAACAUUGCGGAGAAAGGAGAAGAAGGUAUGACUUCGUUUUCAUUUCUUUUUCUUGAUAGUUGCUGUUAAUCAUGAUCCUUUUUAAAUCAAUUAUUAACCAUCUUUGCAGUAUUUUCUGGUCUCAUUAAUUUUAGAGCCUCUAUCUUCCCAGCAGACAUUCCCAUAUUGAAGCCAUCUCCAUGGCCAAUGAAAUUAUUGUUUUUGACACCGAGUGCUUUUGCCUAUAUAUAUGUUCAUCUCCCUCCCUCUCCUCUCUGUCUCAAGGGGCACGAGAAUUUUUAGAUCUCUGCAUACGCUUGUCUGGUGCUUUCAAGAUCUCGUUAAUAAUCUCAUCAGAUGAUAAUAUUCUUUGUACGCAUGUCUGAGAUGGAAGGGAAAACUGACAAAAGAUGAGACAAGAAGAAUUCUGGCUGGGAAUUUUCCCUUUUUUAUUUCAGCUGCAAUGAUUUAAAACAGCAUUGAUGCGAUCAGAGAGAGGAGUUCAAUGUCAAUAAUUCUAGAGAAUGAUUCUGUCUUUCCGACCCACGAGAAUUAUUCUUCUACUCUAGUAAUUCCAGAGAACAUUAAGCCCGAAGGUGUUCAUAUAAGAAGAUACUCCACUGAGGAUAUAACUAUCCCCUACACUAGAGUGAGGAUUCUUUCCCGCUAUCUCGCAUCUUCAACUGGUUCAUGCCAUGAUUAUUGCAAAUAUGGAAUAAAAAAUGAUACAGAAACAAAGACAAGCAAUCCCAUAUUAAAGAGGAUCACAGAGAAGCAAGGCAGGGAGACGAAGAAGACAGUAACUUCAGCAGAAAGACCAAGAACUUUUUCUGUUGUUUGUAUUCCAUCUCCUGGUUCAAAAAGACACAACUCCAGUGUUCCUGUUGUUAUUGGAAGAAACAAUUCAUCAUCAACUAAGAAAAAGAUUGUACUAUCAGAACAGCUUUCAUUACCUUUCAAGAUAAAAGAUGCUGGUGAGAGGAAGGUGUUGGUACGACCAGCUCUUUCUUCAUCGGUCAAGAAAGUUGUUUCUGUGAUUCCCAAACAUUCUGUGAAAAGAGUUUCUCGACCAAAGGGCCAAAAUAAAGUUGUAAAAGCUGAAAAAGAUACUUAUGAGAACAAAGCUAUGAAACUGUCUCGAAAUGGAACUCUCAAUGCUGGGUUGUCAGCACCUCCUGCUGAGAAGAUCUUGGUGCGCACUAGAAAAGGAAUUCAUGCUACUCAGCUGCCUCAAUCCACUGAGAAGAAUUUCACUAGACAUAUUAAGGAUGUAACAACUCGAGUUACCCGUCGAGCACCCUUAUCUUCUUCUACGCUAUUCAAGUCUUCCCAUAGCAGUGCCUCCUGUGAAUACCAUGAAAGUGAUACUAUGAACACAGUUGCAAACAAACUUCCAUCCAAGACUAGGCCUAAGAAGGGUGGAGUAUUUUGCACUACAGACAAAAAUUCCGCAGCCAUAAAGGAGAGCUUUAGGUCAGGAAAGGUGUUUGAACUCCAUCCUGAAAAUAGCACUACAAAAAGACUCAAAUUUACGAGAAGAGCUCUUAACGAUGGUCAGAUGGAUGAAGUUGAUACCAGCAAGAACAACCUUAAGAACAAAGAAGUUUGUGAAGGUGAAGCUAAUAUUGCAAAAAGGGAAUCUGAGAAAAUUGUUUUGAGACGGAAAGAUGUGCAAGAAAAGAAAAUUGUGCAGAGUUUGUUAAAUAACAUGAUUGAGGAGACUGCAUGUAAGCUUGUCGAGAGCAGGAAGAGUAAGGUGAAAGCUCUGGUCGGUGCUUUCGAAACUGUGAUCUCUCUUCAGGAUUCCACAACUUCGUCAACAUUCUGCGCAUGUUAAAUCGGUAUUAAUGCAUGGAAAACACGAUAGGUGAAACGGAGGUGACAUGAGAGUGAAAUCACAAGCAAGUGUGAAGUUUGGAAAGGCAAAAUUAUCCAUUUAGUUGAGUAAAAUGUGACGCGAUGGAAGGUCUGUCCUGUUUCUAUUUUUAAUGUUUUCAUAUUUUCCCCCUUAAUUACAUCUUGUUUUGCUUUUAUAUUUAUUUGCAUAGUGUAAGAAUAUUAAUUGU